AAAAAUGGGAAAGAAACAGAAUGGAAAGAGUAAAAAAGUUGAAGAGGCAGAACCUGAAGAAUUUGUGGUAGAAAAAGUACUGGACCGGCAUGUAGUGAUUGGGAAGGUGGAGUAUUUCCUCAAGUGGAAAGGGUUCACAGAUGCUGAUAAUACUUGGGAACCAGAAGAAAACUUAGAUUGUCCAGAAUUAAUUGAAGCAUUUCUUAAUUCUCAAAAAGCUGGUAAAGAAAAAGAUGGUACAAAAAGGAAAUCUUUAUCUGACAGUGAAUCUGAUGAUAGCAAAUCGAAGAAGAAAAGAGAUGCUGCUGACAAAUCAAGGGGUUUUGCCAGAGGUCUUGAUCCUGAACGAAUAAUCGGUGCCACAGACAGCAGUGGAGAAUUAAUGUUUCUCAUGAAAUGGAAGGACUCAGAUGAGGCAGACUUGGUGCUGGCAAAGGAGGCAAAUAUGAAGUGUCCUCAGAUUGUCAUCGCCUUUUAUGAGGAGAGGCUGACUUGGCAUUCUUGUCCAGAAGAUGAGGCGCAAUAAUUGUUUGCAUUUA